UACGUCCACGGUGACUGGAAGCGAUUGGCCCAGGACCGGGUCCAAUGGAGAAGGAUUCUUCAUUUGAUGAAGAAUAAACGGAGGGAUUAGCAGCCUAAUAAGUAAUGGGGAAGUAUGUUAUAAGAUAUUUUGAAAUCCAACUCCAACCAACCGCACAAACUGCGAUCGGACUGUAAAUUUUCCAAAUUCUCACUUUCGCCACGGCCACACGCGGGGUAUCGGUCGCAGCAGCACCGACGACUGCUGGUGCGAACAUCUCAAUCUUUGGUGAGGUACCUACCAACAUCGCAUUGCAUCGCGCAUCGUGGUUCAUUCGCUUGCUUAUUCAGUCGCUUCUGGCAAUCGCGUCAGAUGAAUCUCUGUGACUGCGUGAUGCUGAAAACCGACGUCGAGAAGAAAAUCUAUAAUUUCAGACAGUUAAGAAGUUGCGCGUCUCUUAUUUUUUUCUCCUACAUAACAAGUGGAGAGCAUAAGGCAGCAUCAGUUGGUAGUUUGUCUAUCGUGCCAAGAUUUAUUUUUAAUCUAGUUUGGAGCUCAUAAAUCAGUUCACGGUGGAGCAUCACAAACGCAUCGAAGUCUCGCGCGCGCACUUUUGUUAGAUCACGUGGAAAAUUCAAACCGAUCGCUGCUGACUGCUGCUGCAGUUCGGUAUCGCAGGAGAGAAAUCUUUCGCACAUGGUUUGGAGACCGCAAACGGUCUGAUUGUUGUUGGUGGUGUUUGGAGUUACGUGUUGAACCGUCCGUGGUCGUUGCCAAGUCUGGAGUGGAGAAGAUUAUCGACUUAAUUGGUUUAUUAGCUUUUUCUUUGUCGGGUGAUUCACCCGUGUGAAGGCUUUGACGAAUCGCGCGUUGGAUUUUCCCGGUUGAGUGUGUUGUUGUUCUGAAGUGUGGAAAAGUGCGGAAAAAGAUUUUCCCUCUUGAAAGCAAUCUCGGUUGGUUUCGGUUGGAGAGGAGUUUCGGGUGUGUGUGUGCUCCGGGUAUCUGGGUUAAUUUGUCAGUUGGAUCAGCGCGCACUGUGAUCUGGGCUGUCGAAACAAGCGUGUCAAGAAUUUCCUCGGUUCCGCGCGCGCCAACCGCGGACAUGCAACCCGAAGAGUACGAAAACACUGGCUGGCUGUCGUAUUUCAGCCGGCACAAAACGACCUAUACGGCUGCUGACAUCCAUAAAAUCAGUAACGAGUUGAAUAAUGUGCGUAAGAAUUUAACGGCGACCCAGUACGCGUACGGUGAACUGAGCAGUGAGUUGAAGGCGUUGAAGAGCUUGCAGGAGCAGCAGCGGCUAAGUGAAGAGUAUGAACGUGCCAACAACGGCGGUAAAUCCGGCUCCGCCAAAUCGGCUGAGAAACGGCUCGCCCAACAGGCGGAUGAGAUAAAAUCCCUGAAAAGUGAAUUAGCGGGUUGUAAAAAUGAUCUAUUGAAGCAGAUUAAUGCGUUGAAAGUGAAUGUUAGCGAAACGGUUAAAAAGAAGAUCAAAGCCGGUCAGCUUCCGACUGGGGCAUCGCUGAGUAUCGAAAGUAGAAUUAUUGCAAUCGAGGCCCAGUUGGAUCAGCUGGCAGCGGAGAACAGAGAUCGCCUCAACGGUCUCGAGUGUCGUCUGAAUCAGGUGGAACAGGUGCACGAACGGGACUGUGGUCAUGCAUUGAAGAAACUAGAGUCGACCACCAGUCGAAAGCUUCAGGAGAUGACAAAUUUGAUAAUGGAGCUGCAGCGAAAAAUGGAUUCGAGCGAAACGAAGCUGGACGAGCAGAUCAGGAAUCAGAGCAUGAGUCAGGAUGCGAUCUACGAGGAGCUGGAUCAGCGGAUGGACGUUUUUGCGUCCAAGAUGAGGGAGCUGCAUGCGAGGAUUGCUCAUUUGGGACAACGGGAUGAUAUUGGUUCGACGUUUGUUUAGCGUACGCUUAUGGAAUCUUUGUUGUGCUUACGUGGUAAGUGAUUUCUUCAUU